ACAACUCUAGAAGGAUGUUCGCUUUUGUUUGUUUGUUUACAUUUGUGUCAUCGUCCUUUAUAUUCACUUUUCGGUGAUUUUCGGUCGUCUUUUGUUUUGGAUUUUUUUGUCACAUCGAUUUUCAAAGUUAAAUUUUCGAUACCAAUAUUAACAUUUGUUAUCCUUUCUUAUGAAUUUUCAAAAUGUCUAAAUCUCGUUUUUAUAAUUUUCCCGGAACGGUUUCCAACGGUCUUACCGAAGAGGAUAUUCAUGAUAUUAUUUCCAAUAACAACAACAAUGAAGAGGACAAUGAAGACAACGACGAUGACUCGGAGUUCUUACGUGAUGUUCCUUAUUCAUCUAGCAGCAUUGAUCGAAGUUCUAUAGGCUCAAUACCAUGGGCAGACGAUGCCAUAAAACAAAAUCAGUUAGAUUGGGAAAAAGUUGAGCGUAUGUUAUCUGGAGAGGAUGAAUUGCCAGAUGAGCCUGAUUUGCGUAAUGAAAUUGAAGAAUGGCAAACAAAGUUUCCACAACUUAUGAGGACCAAGACAUCUUUAAACACAUCGCAAGAAAUUAUAACAGAAGAAAUCUUUGACUCGAGCAAGCAAAGUGACAACCAAAUUCCCAAUCCGACUGAUGAUUUAGUCUCACAUUUAAGUUUUAACAGUUCUGACGAUGAUGAUCAGUAUGAUGAAUUACCAACACCCACAGCAGCAGUGUCACAGCGGACAGAAAAUUUAAGUGGUCACAUCGUUAGCAGUAAAAGUCCAAUUAGCAAAUCGUACGCAGAUCGCCUUUCGGCCAAAAUGGCUUUGUUAAGAAUAGCAGCAUUACCUAUUCAUCAGAAUCCAAGGCAUAAAGUUUCAAAAACUAUGAUACCACAACAAACCUCUACAGUACGUGAGCACAGCAGUACAACGAAUUCCUUACGAUUACGUAAAAUAUCGCCGAAUAGACCUCAACCACUAAAGCAAACACCCAAACAACCCAAAGAUACAUUUUUUGAGACGCAACAACGUUUUCAUAUGCCGCCAAUUUUGAAUGUACUGGAAACCAAGAGACGCUUUCGUGACUUGGCUUCAAAUAAAAGUUUUGUUCAAUUGACACGUGUAAAACCAUCGCAUGCUAAAUCUGCUGCCAUAAUACGACAGACCGAAAGUAGUAUUCCAGUUGGAAUUCAACCGCGUGCUACAGCACUUCUCGGCGGGCACCAAUCUGUUUGGCAUAAACCAUUAAUAGCAACACGAGUGAGUAGUAACUUCUUCAAUAACCGGAACGCUAUCAUCUUACCUGCUUUAAAUACCCAACGUAUCAGCGCGCAACAGCGUCGAAACAGCACUACAACUAGUACUGGAGCUGAUACAAGGACUCAAAGUUUAUCUAACUCGAAUUUAGGUUCUUCAGAGAGUAGUAGCGCUGGUAUUGAUUUGAGGCCUCAUUUUGUUGCUGAUCGUUUCGUGUCGCGAUGGCAACAUAUCAACCCCAAACAUACUUCAACAUCAACGGGAACUGUUUCAACGGGGCGAUCUAUCUCGGCAGCUGUUCAUCAUCAUUCACGUUCUGAUGCAGCAUUUGGGGAAUUAUAUAUGCCAUUUAAUACACAUAAACAUGGUGGUUUUCAAUAGCAAUCACAGGCGUGGCGUUUCGUUUGAGGCGUCACGAUGUUCUAAAUGAAAGCGAUGUUUCUGGAAGGGCUCAAAUGCAAAAUGCAUGCAUCAAUAUAAAAAAUUAAGAAAUGUUCUCUUAAUAAUAGUGAAACACUGUUCCAAAAAAGUUAUACAACAUUUGUACAAACAUUAUUUAUAUUGCAUUAAUGCGAAUCUUCACAAUGGCAGUAUAGGCAUAUUAACUUUUCGGGUGCUUUAAUUAUGUAAAAACUGCCUUUUAAAAAUAGAACUGGCUUAAAAAUAAAUUUUGA